AUGGGGCUUUUGGCUAUUCAUGUACCGCAAGAAAAACCGUCCCACCAGCCCCCUAAGCCCCCCCUUCAUAUCCAACAGACCUCGCCCUACUUCCAGCCAUCAACCAAGCUCGCGCUCUUCCACUACGUCGACAUGGGGUGUGCGUCGUACCAAGCAUAUCGCAUGUCAAGGUACCUCGUGAACCACCGCCAGUCCAUCUUCGGAUGGUUCCUACAAGGGUUUGUCGUCUCCAACAUCGUGUGGGGGUUUGUGCUUGUGGCCAUCACCGCCGCAUACGGCCAGGCUCCGUGCCCGUCGACGUGUGUGUUUUCGAUUUCACCAUGGUUUGUAUGCCACUGCGUCCACGUGGACGUGAAUUGCGCCAGGCUUGCCGUCGACGGAGACAACGCGACAGAGUUUUUACGCGGCGACCUCCUUGGGCCGUCCGUGUUGAUUGCCGAGUUCCGCCGAUGUAGCCUCACAUCUGGCCUCCCGUCGUCGUCGUUGGCUAGCCAUCAAGGGCUAACUGGCAUCUUCAUCUCGUUUAGCCAGAUGCGGUGCUGGGACGGCGGGUUGCCUCCCCGUCGCCCCCGGGAUCUGUUCUUCCUCCGCGUCAAAAGCAGCCCCCCCACCCGUUCGAUUCCGGACCGAUUCUUCCAAGUGUGGGCCAACGUGACGUCGUUGUCGUUCUCGAAUCUCCUGAUCGACGACGUGUCGAUGGAAAUCGCAAACAUGCUCGACCUUGUGUGGUUGGAACUGCCGGGGGAAUGGAAUUGCAACCGUGUCGCAGACAUGGCCGAAUGCGUUGGGGACAUGCAAGGGUACGUCAAGAUGGUACUCAUGGCUGCGCUGUACGUUUUCCAGUUCCUUGUGAUGGACCGCGUUCCAUGCCGUGCAGCAGGUGGCCAUGGCGGUGGUGGUGUGUUCCGUCGGUAA